UCUCUGAUAUAUUUCCGAAUGAGGACCUUAAUAUUUACUCGUUUUAUAGUAAUACAGAAUAUAUGAUCUGCUGAAUAUGAUGCCUCUUAUUUAUAUUAUGCUAUGCUACUCCACCUUUAUCAGGCGAUUUAAGAUUGACGUUUCGGGAGCGAAUCAGCACCAUGGACAGUACCUGCAUCAAUACGACGUCAUGGACAACGCCCUGCAAUACACAAACGCAUCAUUCUUGUAGUACAGUGUCACAAAACUGCCUUUUCAUUUAAAAUCAAAUGAUUUGCCAGCUCACUCCUUAGUUAAAUGCAGACUUCUACUAGCCUACAACAUCCAUCACUGAUUUUCACAAUUUUACCGCUCUCUUACGCCCGCAUGGUCCAAAUGAUUACGCACGUUUUCAGCGUAAACGCUACUGUACUAAUUACUCAUCUUUUGUUCCCCAUUCAUAAGCUGCUACAAUAUCAUAACAGUACGCUUUCACUGUAUACUCCCCUUUAACUGGUGACGGCCCCUUUAAGGGUUAUGUAGAGAGAAGGGCUGAUGUAGGACGACUCCUCUGUGUGCGCUGCCAUCCUCAUCAUGGCCUCCAAACAACCGCCGCUGCAACCGAGAAUGAGCACGAGCAGACGAGCUGUUGGCCCUUUCCUUCCCCGCGCGGAGACCAACAACGUUAAGCCGAAACAGAGGCACCGGUAGAGGGGUGCGCGCCGGGGGAUCAAGCCUCCGAGCUCAUGCCACCCCGUUCUCCUCGAUGUCUUCGUCAAAAGCCACUUACAGCCAUUUGACAAAGAGGGAUGCAAACCUGGGCGGCGGCAGAAACAUGAACACGAAUAGGGAUUAUUCUAUCAAUCUAUCCGUGCAGCAAGUGCUGAGCCUCUGGGUGCAAGGCACGACGCUGCAACAUUUCACAGAGAUGUGGUACUGGGUGUUCCUGUGGUGUCUUUUCUCCUCGCUCUUCGUCCACGGGGCAAUGGGCCUGCUCAUGUUAGUCAUGCUGCAGCGCCACAAGAGGGGUCGCCUCAUCACCCUGGUCCUGGUCAGCGUGGGCUUCCUGGCCUCCUUGGCCGGUGGGGUCAUCACCAGUGCGGCCGUGGCAGGGGUGUAUCGUGUGGCAGGGAAGGACAUGGCCCCCCUCCAGGCCCUGGUGUUUGGAGUGGGCCAGACCACACUCUCUGUAGUCAUCUCCUUCUCACGUAUACUGGCCACUCUCUGAAGAGUUGACUCUGCUACACGGACAGACUCACUGACGAACAGACACACAAGAGAGGAGAGAGGAAAGGGGAAGGGAGGGACAUGUCCGAUAGACCGGAGUUCACAUCCCACCAGUUACACAAGCAGAGACGGCAAUGGGUGGCAGUUAACUGCAUGUAGUAUUUGAAGGAAAACAAACAGAGUCAAAUAGAAGAAGAGAAGAAGAUGGUGUCCCGGUCCUAGACGUCUAGACAUUUGUGGAUGGAUGAAUGUGGAAGAGUGCCCCCUAGUGUCUCUAUUCAGCCACUGCUAUGUUUGCUAGAGCUCCCUUUGCUUACAAGGGACCUCUCAAUGCAGACCUCACUUCUGUGUGUCAAAGACACACACUUCCUUGGGCUCUCCACCAGUUGGCGAUGUCCACAGACUCUGUCAAGUGUCAAGCCAGUGAAACCACAUCCUGAACCGAAAGCUAAUUUGAGGUUCUAUGUGCCGAUGUCCUCUGGGAUUUCAGUGUUGUAAAGGGGAAUGCUUUCAUGGCCAUCUCUACAGACGGUUGAAUGCUUUCUGUUCUAUUUGUGGGGGGGGACUCCUAAUUUUUUUUUUACAGUAAAGACAAACCACAGCAACCUGUAAUUAAUUGAACAAUUCAAGUCUACGGUCCUUGAAGUGCCACGGUACUUUGAUGAGAUGGCCAGAACAAAAUUGGACCUGCGAAGACCCACCAUCAUUCUGACAUGCCUGAGAGGUUGUAAACGCAACGAUGAUGGUCAACCAAACUACCAUUCAGUGUUUAAAAAAUCUACCAACCACAAACAACUGGAUCUUCUGUCUUUGGAAAAUGAUAUCCUAAUAACCAUUCCUUCUUGUAAAGUAUUCUAACUACCACAGCAGGUUUUUUGUUUGCAACAAUCCAUAAUGCUUAACCUUUGCACUUUCUAAAUGUUGGUGAUCCACCUCCUUUACCUAAGAGGUGUCUAAAUAGAGUAGGUUGUUGAGGUUCCGUUGGUUCAAGGUUACUAUGGAGAUAACCACUACGCUUGUUAAGGGCUCUGCAUACGCAAACGGAGCUGACGUAGGUCCAUCAUUUGCGUUGACAGCGUAGAGCCCUUUAGAUGUUUGUCAAGUCUAGACCAGUCCAGGUUGUCCAACGUACUCUGGGGAAAUAGUCACUCUGACCAUGAACCUUGUCUGGAGAGGAUCAGAGUUGCUACUUGGUUAUUACAGGGUUUUAUGGAGGUAAACUAAUGUAUUAACUGAAGUAAAAAAGGAAGAAUUGUCUAGUAGUAGCAGCUGUAUUGCUUCUUGAGGAAUAUCUCUGAUAGAGUAUCUCUUGGAAGUUUUACUGUCUGUGUUGUGGUGCAGAUUUACUGUUAAGGUUUAGCGGUUGGAAUCCAGCUGUUACUUGGCUGUUGUGAUAACAAUGUUGUCCUGACUCCUAUAAAUCCCACUCCAUAGAGAGCCAUUCCUGGAGAAGGUCAGAGACUUAGUGUGCAUCCCAAAUGGUACCCUUUCCCUAUAUAGUACACUGCUUUUGACCAGGGUCAGUAGGACUGUAUAGGGAAUAGGGUGCCAUUUGGGAAGCAUCCUCUAAUGCUGCUGAAACAGCCAUUUUCUAUGGCUCCCUGCUUUCCUCCCUGUUAGUUCUUGCUAAUCGUGCGUGUAUUGUUUGUGUUUUAACUAAGUUAGACUUUGCAUAUUGCACUGACAACGGCCUGCCUUUAUUUCGCACAGUUUGUUUUAUGAUAUUGGUCCCAGUGGGUGACCCAUAGAUCCAUAUAGGAUUUUAUACAGUAUGUCCCAUCACCAGGACACACAGUGGGUCCCAAAAAGCAGGUUUUUGUCCAAAAUGGCACCCUAUGCCCUUCAUAGUGCACCCGUUUUUGACCGUAGCCAUAUGGGUUUGAGAAGCACUGCUGUGGUUUUGGAGGUGCUUUUGGGACUGCAGAGCAAUGUUUUUUUUGUAGGGCCCUGUGAGACUAACCAUAAUGAAUGUGUUUGUGUCUGUCCUGUCCACCGUCUGGAACAGUUCACGUUUAUUAACCAACUAUAGGACAGGUCUUACUGCAUCCCAAAUGGCACUAUGUUCCCUACAAUGUGCACUACUUUUCACCAGAGCCCUAUGGGGGAAUUUGGGACGCACACAUUCACUCCUGGAAUUGAAGGGUUGCAAGGUCCACUGGUUUGUACCUUACAAUGUCGUUCAUUUUUAAUCAAUAGCUGACGAUAUCUCAUCUCUCAGUCACUUUCAUUUGUCAGUAACUGACUGUGGACCAAUAAAACAAGGCCCUCUGCUGCACCCUAAACUAGGUGUGAAAACCACACCAGGCCCUCUCUGGAAACAAAGGGUUUGUUUUUAUGCCAAAGGACUUCAUUCUCACAUGUUAGCUUUAUUUGUUAAGGGUUCCUUACUUUUUGAUUGUUGUUAUUAUUGCUGAGAAAGUAUGAAUCGCUUUAAUUUCAGAACCAUUAUUUUGCACUUGGCUUAAUAUGAAAUUCCAGUGUGUGACCUAAUUGAGUGAUCUAAGAGUGUUUACCAAUGAACGUGAUUGCUCUGUUUUCUCCCUUAGUUAUGUGAUUGACACCACUCACCUUCAAUACCCAGUCAGUGCACCAGAGGGAGCCAGUACGCUGAGUAUUGAAUAAGUGAUAGUAGUAGCCAGUGUCAGUGGUGGAUUUGGAUUGAUACAGUAAUGAUCGUGGUUUGUUGUAUACAAGAAAAUAUACCUGCGGCAGUUUUUUGAUAUUGUCAAUUUGUAUUUGAAUUUGUAUUUGAUUCUAAAAUGAAUUCCUGAGGCUUCCAGAUGGUCUGGAAACGACUGUGUUUGAUAAUUUGCCUAAUCUAAUAUGACUAUCCAAUACUAUCUCUCUCAGUACUCUCUGAUUAAAGAAAAUACUUGGAUAAAACAAACUAUAAUCAGCAAAUACUAUUAAUGAUCAAAUUCCCCAGAUCAACUGAAUUCAUAUUGUAUUAGUAAGUUAUUACACUCGUUUAAAUAUUUUUGGCUCGAGUUCGGAGACCAAAUGUGAGUUAUUUCUGAUGGCUCUACAAUGCUGUCAUAGCGAUAUUAUCUAGAUAUUUCUGUUUGUGAAUGAAACUGCGUUUGAGAGUUGGAUAUGGUGCAUAGGACUUGUGACAAGAGUGUUGUUGUGUGAUGUUGUACUGUAUGUCUGUGUGGUUGUAUAUGUGAGUGUUAUAACAUGCAUUAACUUAUUCUUUUUUUCAGAAGGGGCCUGCAAUACAAUUGUCAUUGCAGCAUCUGAAAUGCUUUAUCGACUUGAGCAAAAGGGGUAAGGACCUUGUCAUAGGUGUAACACUGACUGACCCAGUGUGUUCAGAAAUGUUGUCUUACUGAGCAAUGUCUUACAUAAUGUGUUUUUAAAAUCUAAAAAAAAAUGUAAUCUACAAGGUGUUCACAACUACUUUUCUGCCAACAAACCUCCAAGCACUAUUCUUGUUGAGAGACAAAGAAGCAUAGCUUUUGUUGUUCAGAUCAGUGGACCGCGAUGCAUCGGCUAUUAAGGUAAAUAGAAUACAAAGUUCUCAUCAGAGGGAUGUGUACCAUGACAUGUACUGGAAACACACAUAGACAUCAUGACGCGCCAUGGACAGUAUUUUGAUACCCAUAACAUGUAUUUGUCUAUACAGUCUAUUACCACAUUUCAGAACGUCAAUGUGUGUGCCAUGAAUUCAAAUGUUUGGAAUCUGAUGAGGACGAGUAAGAAUUGGGUUGUCUGUUUUUGGUUCUAUCCCUGUGUGAUUGUGGGUAAUCCUUGGUUUACACUGCAAUAACUCAAAGGGGACAUUCUGCAACAGAUGAUCCCGAUAGUUUUAAAUACCACCAACUGCCAUCUGACCGUACGAAGCCCUGUCCUAGAAUCCUCCUCGCUGUGUUCCUCAUGAGUUCACCCCCUCAGUUCUCUCCAGUGUUGUACAAAAUGCCACUUACUUUCCACUGACAAGUCUGCCCCUCAGCAAUUGCAUGCGCAAUACAACUCGGAUAAUGUGUGUGAAUGGAUUUGGACAAUCCAUUAUAGACAAUGUUGUGCAAAACAAGUGACACAUGUAGAUAAUGUAUAAUAUGUUAUUUUUUAAUUUUGUACCAGCGAACCGCUGAUGUUUAUAACUUGCCUAUUUAUGUACAAAUGUUCUCCUGUACAUACUGAGCAGUCAGUUGGAAUAAAAUGUUUUACAGUAAAAAUA